CCUGGCAAGAGGGCAGCGGGGCUCGUCGCUGCUUCUUUCGUCCUGCAGAGCGAGGCAGAAGAAGGUUUUUUAAAAAAAAUUUCCAAGCAAGUUCAGAGGUCAUCCAUCAUGAGGACUUUAUCCCAGGAGUGUCUGAGAGGGAUUGCUCUGCUGCUCAUGUCCCAGACCGUGGUUUCCAUGGUAAUCCUCAAUUCGACGUACCUGGAGGCUAUGCUGGAGAAAUACAUGGAGGAUGAUGGAGAAUGGUGGGCGUCCAGACCAAGGGGCAAAAGGGCCAUCACUGAGAGCGAUAUGCAGCUCAUCCUUGACCUGCACAAUAAGCUCAGGGGUCAAGUCUAUCCACAGGCUUCAAAUAUGGAGUACAUGGUGUGGGACACGGAGCUGGAGAGGACUGCAGAGGCCUGGGCGGAAACUUGCUUGUGGGAACACGGUCCGGAAAGCCUGCUCCCCCACAUUGGCCAGAACCUUGGGGCUCACUGGGGCAGGUACCGACCGCCCACGUUUCAUGUUCAAGCCUGGUACGAUGAAGUGAGAGACUACAGUUACCCCUAUCCGCAGGAGUGUAACCCCUACUGCCCCUUCCGUUGUUCUGGGCCAGUCUGCACUCACUACACACAGCUCGUCUGGGCAACCAGCAGUCGAAUUGGGUGUGCCAUCAAUUUAUGUUACAAUAUGAAUGUCUGGGGCCAGAUCUGGCCUAAAGCCAUAUACCUGGUUUGCAAUUAUUCACCAAAGGGGAACUGGUGGGGACACUCACCAUAUAAGCACGGCAAGCCUUGCUCAGCUUGCCCACCCAGUUACGGUGGAGGCUGUAGGGACAACCUGUGCUACAAAGAGACUGGUACUGGUGCGCGCCCAUCCCCCAACGAAAGAGAGGAGAGCAACUAUGUUGAACCCGAAGUGCCCAGAACCCAAGGGCCUUGGCCGAGAGCAUAUUCCCCGACAGCGUCUCCCAGUGAGAACCUGGACAGGAACGACGUGACCAGCACGCAGCAGAUGUCUCAGCUGGUGACAUGUGACACCAAGCUGCGGGAUAAAUGCAAAGGAACCACUUGUAAUAGGUAUGAAUGUCCUGCAGGCUGCUUGUACAGCACAGGAAAAGUGAUAGGAAGUGCAUACUAUGAAAUGCAAUCCAGCAUUUGCAGGGCUGCCUUGCAUUAUGGAGUCAUAGACAACGAGGGAGGCUGGCUGGACGUUACGAGACUGGGAAGAAAGGAGUAUUUCAUAAAAUCCAAUAAACACGGUGUCCAGUCUCUAGGGAAAUACCAGAGUGCCAAUGCCUUUACAGUAUCAAAAGUAACAGUAAAAGCUAUCACUUGCGAAACUACCGUUGCACAACUGUGUCCGUUCCAGAAACCUGUAAGACACUGUCCCAGACUGUACUGUCCUCGCAACUGCAUGCAGGAGAACCCCCACCUGGCUCGAGUCAUCGGAACGCAGAUCUAUUCGGAUAAAUCCAGCAUAUGUCGAGCGGCCGUCCACGCUGGGGUCAUCCAGAACGACUCGGGAGGCUACAUAGAUGUGAUGCCUGUGGACAGACGGAGACAAUAUUUUGCCUCCUACCAGAACGGGAUAUUCUCAGAGAGGCUGCAGAACCCCCCUGGAGGCAAGGCAUUCCGAGCGUUUGCGGUCGUCUGAGCUUGUGCCUGCGGACGGCCGCGUCGCAGCAGAGAGCUUUAGAGCGCAAUGGGCGACAGUUUCGGUGCUUA